GCAAAAGUUCAAGCUGCUCCUUGUCCGGCCGCCAUUCCCUGUGUCAGUCGGCGGGGAGCCUCGUAGCUUCCGUCCGUCGUCCCGGAACGGAGCUCAUGGGGAGGCGGCGGCGCGCAGCCCGUCACUGACUGAGACUCGAGGAGGAGGAGGAGGAGGAUGAUGGAAGCGGCGGAGCAGAUGCUGGUCUCCUUCCACCAGGUCCAGGUCCAGGUCCAGCUUCAGGGAGGCGCUCCGUGGGGCUUCACGCUGAAAGGAGGACUGGAGCACGGAGAGCCGCUCAUCAUAACCAGAAUUGAAGAGGACGGGAAGGCCGCCCAGAGUAAGAAGCUCCGUGUGGGCGAUGAGCUCAUCAGCAUCAAUGGAUCUGCCCUCUAUGGCUCACGGCAGGAGGCCCUCAUCCUCAUCAAAAGCUCCUACCGGAUACUCAAGAUGGUAGUGCGCAGGCGCAGUGUCCCUGCGGUCAGACCGCAUUCCUGGCAUCUGGCCAAGCUGUCGGAGCCACCUGGUGUCACCGCUCCGGACGCCCCUCCUGCCAUGCAGAUCCACCCCGGGCCCUUCGGCGUACCGUGGCAUUCGGGAGGAGACAGCAGCGACUUGUCCCUGCACUGGAGCCAGUUGUCAAGACACUGCAGCACAGACCGCAGUAGCUCUCUGGGCAGCAUGGAGAGCCUGGACCCCCCCGGCCAGAGCUACUAUGAGAGCCAGCUGUCUCCCGUGGACUCCGCCAUGUUCACCAACAAGAGGGACUCUGCCUACAGCUCCUUCUCCGCCAGCUCCAACACCUCAGACUGCGCCGCCUCCCUGCGGCCGGACGAAGCCAGCUCCAUAGACAGUCUGCUCCGUGGCCUGGGUUCCUACCGCCUCGUGGAUGGGCGCUACCAGGACUCCGAGACUGAGCCUGCUCACUUUCACGUCCAGCCCAUCAGGAAGGCUCAGUCUUUCUACCGACAUCCCGAAGCCAAGGCCCGGCCGUUCUCGUACGGCUGCGAGGAGGAGCGGGUUACCGUAGGUAGUACCAGGAGCCCCCCGCAGCCCCCAGUGCGCAGGGACAGCUUCAGAGCCACUCGGGGUCGUCCGCGGGCUGAAGACAAACGGUGCAUGUCAGCCCCUGUUGACAUGUUGAAUGUCCCUGGCCUUUGGCUUGAAGAUUCCCCAAAGAUCCUGGCCCAGGAUUCAGUUUCACAUCCAUGUAUAUUGGUGGAAGACAAGACGUGCUGUGGACAUUGCACCCUGGAGCAGCACUGUACCUUCGGCUCAAAGAUGGAGCCCUGCUGCCAGUGCAGCCAAGAUAACUGCAGUAGAGAGAGCUACGGUACCACCUGCCUAGUCGUCCAACAGGGCUCCCGAGACCAUCAGCACUCUUCCCACGUGGAGAUGCCACAUCAAAGUGUUCUGAGCAGAGUGGAGCCGCCUUGUCGUACAUUUGAGGCCUCCGGAAGCAUACGUGUUGUCAGAGGCCACGGCCACAGUGCACCCGAGAAGCUUCUGUUGGCCCAGAUGGGCAUGCUGGACCUCCCUUGCGAUCCCAGCAAGGAAAUCAACUCGUAUCCUCCGCUCCAGUGGUCCAGGUGUCCGUUCGCACUGGCUGAGGAGUUGGAUGCUGUCAGUGGUGAUGGUGUCGGCUCUCGCGAGAAGUGGGGCGGCAGCAGGUGUUCCACACCGGGCUCGGUGGGGGGUUCUGAGCCGGAGGAGCCCCCGGUGGAGACAGCCACCAGUGGCUGCCAGCAAUUUGAAGCUGUCUGUGCAGAUCUGAAAGGAGCAGCCAGCGUGGAGGCCCUGCUCUGUGGGGAGCAGGAUGGGAGCAGAGUUAUGAGCGAGGUCCUGAAACCCACUUCGAAGUCCGGCUCGUCUCGGCAGUAUCGCUCGUCUCAGUCCCGCCGCCGCAGCGAGCGCUUUGCCACGAACCUGCGCAAUGAGAUCCAGCGCAAGAAGGCCCAGUUGCUGAAGAGCACAGACUCUGUCAACAUGUUGUACAGCGAGGAGACCCUUGAGGAAGAAGAAUGUGUAGAGCAGCAGAACCUGACAUGUCCAGAGCUAUGCUUGCAGAGGAACAGCACAUUGUCCAAAAUGCAUGCUCCUCAGCUUGACAGAGCAGAGCCUCCUGCUUCCAGAAUCAAAGACUCCGAGAACUUACGUGGCUCACAGUGGGGCUCCGAGUCAACAGCCUGUGACACAGCUGUGUGUGGCCUGGUGGUGGAGGAGCCUGCACCAGUGGGGAAAGUGCGGCGGUGGCGCUGGACACCGGGAUGCCCAGUGCCACCAGAGCCUGAAGCCACUGGCGUGACAGAUGCAGUGGUGCAGUCAAGUAGAAAUGCAGAAAUGAGCCCGCACUCUGAAACUUCAGAGAACUCUGACAUCCCGCCCUUUGCAGACCGAAGAAGGUUCUUUGAAGAGAGCAGCAGGAGUGCGUUGGGGUCAAAGUUGCCGGUCUUGAGCACCCAUCGCCAGAGGCCAGAGACUCGGAGAAGUCGGAGAAGGCUGGAGCGAGCCGAAAAUGAUGCACCUGGACGUGAAACGGAGUCAGACCAGAGGCACUACUCCUACCAGGGACACAGAUGUGAUCGUCCUCAAGAAAGCGGUGGCCAAAUGUGGUAUGGCAGCUACAGCAGAGAGAAGGACAGAGAGUGCACAUGCACAAACCUCGGGGACAACUGUGGCAGCAACCGAGUGCAGGACCCCGAAGGGCUCGGAAUGGAGCCGUUCGCCCCUGUGGAUGAAGACGGGACGUAUGCCCCCCCCCCUUCCCACAUUUCGGCCUUAGGAAGUCAGGAAACAUCACUGCUCAGCCAGAGACAGAGAACUCCCAUUGAGGUAUGUCCUGCGAAGGUACCUGAACCAGCAAACCUCAACAGAAAUGUCACUUUAACAGAGAGGGAUUUAAAUCGCUGUACGUGCGGCCUCCCGCCACCAGGGGGUGCCAUACCGCAUGUACAUGAGAACCAGCAGAAUGACUUUUGUGCUCCUGAGAAGGCAGCCCCAGAGCAGGUUCCUCAAAGAGGGCGCACCCUCUCAGAAGGCAACAUCCUCUUGGACAAGCAGCAGCUGGAAGCACAAGUCACCGCUGGCGAAAAACUGGGGCCCGGAAAAAGAGGGCGUGCUCCUCCGCGACCACCACCUCCUAAGUGGGAGAAGCUGUACCGUCGGAGGGUGUCGCACCACAACUUGUUCUCUCGCCCGCUUUCCCCGCCCAAGGAACCCCCAAGGAGCUCCGAGACACCCAGCCGCCAUGACGUAACCCGCCGGCGCUCGCACAGCCUGCCUCUGAGAAACGAGUCCGAGAGCGGCCAGGACCCCCCCAGCGCCCCGUGUAACCCUGUUCUCCCACAGGGCACCUUUCGCCCCGUCUCUCCGACAACUGAUGUGGCAAUGGGGCCACGCUCGUGGUUGUCAGGCUCACAAAGGGCCCUGGAUUCAGAGCAGGACAGGGCAGAGGUUUUGAAGCCUGUCCCUCGUAGCCCUCAGAGUCCCAGCGGCUGGAGAGGAGCUCCGUUGAGCACCGAUGCCCACAGCGGGGGGCUCCACGUCCUGGAGAGGAGUUCUGACAUGGUGAGCUGCUGCCGAGGGUUCUGCUACCCCACAGUGAGCACGUGGAAGGGCAGAGAGCACAUGUAUGGCAAGAUGUCCAACAGGGGGCAGGAGCUGCCGUCAUCGCCUGUCCACCCUCAGGUUGGCAGGGGAGAGAAAAAGUCGUUUGAGACGGACAUCGAUAAAUUCGAUGAGUCACCAGGGGGAGGCGUGGCCACAGACGAGUCCCAGAGUUCAGCGGGUCCUGGAGCAGCCCUGGAGACAAACAUAGACACGACUCCAGCGCUGAAGCCCCCUCCCCAGUCCGUGUUAAAGCCCUACCUCAGUUCUGUGGCUGACGUGGUUCCUGGGGAGGACACUUGGAGGGGGGGCAGCGGUGCACUGGAGCGCAGUGUUGACACUUUAGAGAGACGAGCCAGACGAGGAUCUUUCAGUUGUGAAAGCUCAGGCUCGCGGAGCUCAUAUUACAACACUUCUGCUGCCAAAGCCCAACUUCUUCACAAGAUUAAAGGGCACAGAGAUUCAAAUGAGGAGGAGGGAGUUUAUGAGCUCUCCUACAAGAAGCAGCAGCUGAUGGAGAGCUUGCAGAAGAAGCUGGGAGUGCUGAGAGAAGCCCAGCAAGACCUACUGGAAGACAUGCAGGCCAACACCCAGUUGGGCGAGGACGUAGAGGCACUCGUGUUGGCUGUCUGCAAGCCCAGCGAGGUGGACAAAUUCCGCAUGUUCAUUGGGGACCUGGACAAGGUGGUCAGUCUGCUGCUUUCCCUGUCCGGACGUCUGCUCCGUGUGGAAAGCGCUCUGGACAGCCUGAGUCCGGCAUGUUGCUCUCAGGAACGGCAAGGCCUGCUGCAGAAGAAGCAGCAGCUCCUCGCUCAGCUAAGGGAGGCCCAGGAGCUCAAGGAGCACGUGGACCGGCGGGAGCAGGCCGUGUGCCAGGCGCUGGGCCGCUCUCUUGCCCCGGAGCAGCUCCGCGAUUAUGGCCACUUUGUCAAGAUGAAGGCUGCCCUGUUGGUGGAGCAGCGGCAGCUGGAGGACAAGAUCCGCCUGGGGGAGGAGCAGCUGCGUGGCCUGAAGGAGAGCCUGGAGCCGGGGCUCAGCGUGGCCGCCCGUCACGCCCUUGGCCUCUGCUGACCCCAGCGCUAACCGGACUCCCAGGACAGUGGAGUGUGGAUGGAGUCUUUAGCCUUGUCCUGUGUGCCCUUCAGUAGAAAAACCAAAGAAACCUAUUGUGCUGUCAUGACCCAAAUUCCGUUGUGCAGCUUGUUAAAGUGUUAAAGUAAUUCUCCUUGUUGGUCCCUGAACCUGCUGAGGACUGUCCACAACUGGCUGCACUCGGGCCCUGAAGGAAGUGCCAGGGCUGUAAAGUUGAGCUCCAUUCAUGAUGGCCUCGCGCGUGGCUUUCAUGCCAAGGGAGUAUAUGAAAUUGAUUAAGUUAACCUUUGCAUGUGUUGCAAACGCAGGGAGAACAUGCAAACCGCACGUGCUCCGAACCGCAUUCAGACCUACACACAAACAAGCAGCUCAGGGGCUUCGAGACACCAGUACUACCUGCUGCGCCGCUGUGCCAUUAGAGCGAGUUAGGGCACACUCUCCAAUGUACACCGUUUGGUUCCAGUAACGUAACUUCAGGUAUCUAACCUCAAAAUGAUACAGUAGGGGUGUUUUGUUUUUUU